UUCUGAACCGCCCGGCUGGGGAACGGAGUUGCCUCCCCCGGUCAACGCCGGCGCGUGCCCUUCUCCCCGCGCCGCCGCCUCCGCCGGAUCGCUCGCCGCCUCCGAGCCAUGCUCCCCUCCGCCGCGGAGCCAGAAGGCGAAGCCGCCUCGGGCGGCGAGCGCCGCGCGUGGGAGCCGCCCUUCGACGCCUCCGCGCCGGCGCCGCCCAUGUCCUACCCGAUCACGGACCUCGCCGCGCUGGCCUCGCGCGCCUACCUCUCCGCCGACGCCAACUUCCACCUCCCCUUCAACAGGGCCUCCGUCCCUGGUCCCGCCUCCGCGCUCCCCGCGCGCCGGCGCGUCCUCGUGUGCCACGACAUGGAGGGCGGCUACCGCGACGACGCGGCGCCUCAGGGCGGGGCCAACCCGGACGCCUACGCGCUCUGGCACUGGCACCUCGUCGACGUCUUCGUCUACUUCUCGCACUACCUCGUCACCCUCCCGCCGCCCUGCUGGACCAACGCCGCCCACCUACACGGCGUCAAGGUGUUGGGAACAUUCAUCACGGAGUGGGAUAAAGGCGCGGAGGUUUGCAAGGAGAUGCUCGCGACGGAGGCUUCUGCACAGAUGUAUGCUGAGAGACUCACAGAGCUGGCUACUGCCUUGGGCUUCGAUGGCUGGCUGAUAAACAUUGAGGUUAAACUUGAUGCUCAGUUCAUCGAUAACAUGAAAGAAUUUGUCAAUCAUCUAACCAAGACGAUGCAUGCUGCCGUUCCCGGAUCUUUGGUCAUAUGGUACGAUGCCAUCACUGUAAAAGGUGAGCUCAACUGGCAGAAUAAGCUCAACAAGUAUAACAAGCCAUUCUUUGAUUUGUGUGAUGGGUUGUUUGCUAACUAUACGUGGAAGAAAAAAGAUCCGCAGGAUUCAGCUGCAGUUGCUGGAGACAGGAAAUAUGAUGUCUACAUGGGUAUUGAUGUCUUUGGACGAAAUACUUUUGGUGGCGGCCAAUGGACUACAAACGUUGCGCUUGAUCUACUUAAGAAAGUUGAUGUCUCAACUGCCAUAUUUGCUCCUGGAUGGGUAUAUGAAACUAAGCAACCCCCUGACUUUGAGAGUGCACAAAAUCGUUGGUGGGGCCUUGUUGAAAAAUCAUGGGGAGUUCUUCGAAGCUAUCCAAAACAAUUACCGUUCUACACAGAUUUUGAUCAGGGUCAUGGCUAUCAGGUGUCUAUCGAAGGGCAGCAAGUGUCCAGUGAUCCAUGGAACAAUAUUUCUUGCCAAAGUUUUCAGCCUAUGCUUAAGUACACAGGAGAUCAAGCUCAACUGCAAGCCUUUAUAAAUUUCAAAGAUGGGCCUUACAGUGGAGGGAAUUGUAUGACAAUCAAAGGAAGUCUCCGGCAGAAUAUUAUUUUCUCGGAACAGCUUUAUAAUGGAGGACUUGCACUGGAAGAUAGAUCUAUUCAUCUAUUUUAUUCGGUAAGAGCUGAUGGAAGCUCUGCGCUAGGAUUGUCUCUGGACUUAUCUUCAAACGAGCAGAGUAUUUCAAUCCUUGUUGCGGAGGACAUAGCAACAUUCACCAGAAAGAAGCAACAUCACAAGUACGGCGCAUACGUUAAAGCUGACAAGGUGGAGCCACAUGCUCCAAAUAACCAAGAUUGGUUCCUUUACAAAGCAACUGUUCAUUCCAGUGCCGGCUACAAAUUAACUGGAAUCAACAUUGUUUGCACCUUGAAAAUAGCUGGCAAAAUGAGUGCAGAAACAGAGGACAGGAUCUCUGGAGUGAAUGCAGAUGGAUCUUCACCGUAUCAUGCAUCACUUGGCCACAUAAGUAUUCAAAAGAUCGAUGCAAACACAGAGUUCCGACCAGCAGGAUCAUGGGUAACUGAAGGCGAGUACAUCUCAUGGUCCAACAGUUCUAACACAACUAAACAUGUGAGUCUGAAACUCAGCUGGAAGCUGAAGACCCCUGAUCAACCAUCAUUCAGGAAGUACAACAUCUAUGUGGAGGAGUCAAUGGCAGAUCCAAACGCAAAGGCUUCCAGAAAUUACCUUUGUGCUGCUAGUGUUGAUGCCUUUUAUAUAUCGGGCCUAGAGGUCGCCAGCGGAGUUACUGGUCUUAAAUUCAUUAUUCAAGCGUGUGCACAUGAUGGAAGCUGGCAGAAGCUUGAGGAAUGCCCAGAAUUCUUUUUAGAUGUAGUUCAUUCUGAGGUGUAACAUUCUUUUUUUUUUCUCAUAUGUGUUUUUUUUUCAAUUAAACCUUCACAAAAUUAUAGUCCCCCCACAGAAUAAUCUAUGUUACCCUUACAGAAAUAAGAAGAAAAAAAUUAUGAAUAAAGCAUUGUUAUGUACAAA